AUGGAUAACCAAGAGAUGGAUCGAUCGAAUGAACAAGAAUUUUAUGACAAUGUUUAUUUUGACACGGACGAAGAAGACGAAGAUGAAUCUAUGGGUUUAGGCCUUCCCAACCAAAAAAAGAAAGAGUCAAAAAGUAGGAAAAUACUGAGUAAUGACGAGUUACUUUAUGAUCCAGAACUUGACGAUAAAGAUGAAGAAUGGGUGAAUGAACAGAUUGUUGCUGAUUCUAUGGAUUCUAUGAAAGGACAAGGAAAAACAGACGCCAUACUCACUUGUCCUAUGUGUUUUAUAACAUUAUGCUAUAGCUGUCAGAGACAUGAAAAGUACGCGGAUCAAUACAGAGCCAUGUUUGUGCAUAACUGUCACGUGAUAAAAAAUGAACGAUUUAAACCAAAGGAUGCUAUGGAAGAAGAAUAUUACCACAAGGUUGUCUGUGAUCAAUGCGGUAUUCAUGUUGCCAUGAUGGAUCAAGAUGAAGUCUACCACUUUUUUAAUGUGAUUCCAACCACUUGA